GCCUAAAAGCACAAUCCUAAGAUAAGGAAUGAGAUAGAAAUGAGUAGAGAUCACGAUGAAGUACCCACUAUUCUGCAACACAACCCUCCAACACACUUUACACCGGUAUAACGCACCCAGCUUCAGGGGUGCUCUAGCUCGGUUAACCCCGUGUGUCGCUACUCGGAGGUUUUCUAGUAGAGUUGGAGCAGAUGAUCGGAACCGUCAGCUCUCUUCGCUCCCCAUAAGAGGAGAUUAUGUUGGCGAGGCCAUAAAGAAGUCGUCUGAUCUGACACCGAGAGAAAAUGUGCGCCACUACUUAGAGAUCAUGAACAAGUCUAUUGAUAUUGAAAAUGAUGUUCUGAAACGGCUCUGUGAAUCACCUGAGGGACUUACCGCGGUUAUGGACGCUAGAGCUGAAUGCAAUGACAUGAUAGUCAAGCUACCUCGACCCGAACUCAUGAAACUAGACAAGAUACUGUUCAAAGUGUUACGCUUUGCUGUUACUUUUGAUAAUACUGAGAUAUCCACAGUUAAACUAGAGUCACCUAAAGCAAUUGUGGAAAUGGUAAGGAGCAGUGACAGAGUUCACCCUAUUAAAACUCAACUAGACCUUCAAAACAGACUUGCUGAAAAUCGUUCCGUAUUUGUACUGACCCACACCCUCCUUCCCUCUCGCCCCCUGGUAAUCCUGCACGUGGCUCACAGUUCAGGAAUGUUCCAGUGUGUCUCAGACAUCAAGGAGGGUCUGGAUGAGAGCUUAGCUAGCUCUCUUUGUACUCCAACAGACGGACGGACACACGGACUAGACCACGGGAGGGAGAUUAGUUCUGGAGCUGAGGAUGGGGAGAUAUUGUCCUGUACUCGGUUUACAGAGGAUGCUUCAUAUAGGAGAGUCAAUACUUUCUACUCUAUUUCUUCUCUGGAAGUUGCAUUAAGAGGUAUCCCCUGCGGAGGCUGGUGUAUAGGUAAAGCAAAGUCCCAACUAACAGCACCCCGAACCCUCUACACCACCCUGUCUCCAAUACCUGGUCUCAGGAACUGGAUUAGCGUUUCUCUGAAGCGACCUAACCCAAGGGUGCUCAGACUUAUCGCUACAGGAUCAUAUCGCACUGAACUAGAGAACAUGUUGUCGUCUCCCUCAAUAGUUGCCGUCCCUGAGGGUCUGCAAGCUACUGUCUCCAGGCUGGCAGCUUACUACCUGACCUCAGAGAAACAAAGAGGGAAUGUUCUGGACCCAGUGGGUCACUUUCAUGUCACCAAUGGAGCUGUUGUGUGGGGUCUGAGAUGGGGUGGCACCCGGAGUGUUGAGAUGCAGGAGCAGUCACUGGGACUAAUGGUCAACUACUUGUACGACACCUCCUCCCCCCACAGAGCGACCCAAUACGCCUCAGAUGACAGGAUUAUAUCUGUGGGUCCAGCUGUCAGCAACCUGCUGCUUGAUUGACAUUUUUAGUUAUAAUGAAACGGAAAACGCUCGUAAUAAAAUGUUGCUUUUCUGGUCGGGACUUUAGAUUUAUAACUGUUAAACGAUUUUUACCUAAUUAUAAGUUUUUAUUUCAUAAUAGUGAUAGAUAAAAUUCUAUAAACGAAAUAUUUUUUCAUUCUGCAUUCUAAAAAGAAAUUUUACGGUAAUUUGUGUUUUUGAGUAUGUCACUUUCUAAAGUGUGUGCGAUAUGAUUUUUGUAUAGAAGUUCAGAUCUUAUCAAAUAUUUCUUGGUAUCUUCAGUAUUGAUUUUAACCGCCAAAUUUAAGGAUUUGUUUCCCUUCUGUGUAGAAUUUUACAAGACAAUUAAAUACGCGGCAUUUUUACUUGGAAGCUAAUUGUAAUUAAAACGCUAAAAUGGUAACCAUUUUUCCG